AUGGCGUCUUCCUCUCCCAAUUUCCUGCUUGUUGCACUGGUUUUACUUGCAUGCUGCGCCGCCGCCUCAUUGGCUACGCGGCCGCUGAACCUCGAGUCGUCGUCGGUUGCGCCACUGGCCCCUCGAUUAAUGCAGGUGGACGGUAACAAUAAUUCUUACCCCGGUGACAACAGCAACAACUACUGCCGGGACUCCCUGUUUGAGCUCCACUCAUGCGUCGGCGAGGUCAUCCUCUUCUUCCUCAACGGCGAGGCCUACCUCGGCCCCACUUGCUGCCGCGCCAUCCACGCCGUCCAGCUCCACUGCUAG